AUGAAUUCGCUUAUCUUUCCUAGUUCUCUUAUCCUCCCUCAUUCCCAGGAUACUCUAUUGAUUGCUUUCCUGAUAAUGAAGUCAUACAUCACCACAAAUACAAAAAAGGCAAGAAGACCAAGUAAACCUUCAAUCACUAUACCAAGAAAUACUGAUUCUCAAGGAUUACUUCCAAAAACCCUUGAGUUCGCAAAACAACAAAUCGAAGAGUCUGCCCCUCCUUCUCUAAUUUAAAAAGAUCAAAUGUACUUCAUUCCACUACUUAUACAUAGUCCCAAAUAAAUCACUCCUUACUCUAUUUUCCAUUGUCUACAAGGAGCUCCUAUCCCUAAAUUACAAUCUGACAUCAUUUCAAAUUAGGAAGCACAAGGGUCAUAGGAAGGCUCCCAGCAAACCUAAAAGCAAAAGGGGCAACAUCAAUUGACUAAGAAACCAAAAAAAGAAAACAUUAACACUGGACACUGGUCCACAGAAGAGCAUACAACUUACAUAGGCUUUCUUCAAUAGUAUGAAAGUAUUAUGACUUCUUCUAUGAUGAAAAAAACCUCGAAAAUAUUCAAAUAAAUGAGCGAACUUAUUGGAACGAGAACUCCUAGCCAAUGCAGAAGCCAUCAUCAAAAAUUUAAUCCCUAUGCUUUGAGGGGUGAAAAUGGAAAGCGCUUGCCUCGGAGUGAAAGAAGCAGAGCUGGAAGAAAGAAGAAGAAUCCCUCCUGUGAUAUUCCAAAGGCAGAGGAAGUCAAUCUUCAAUAGCAUCAUUUUGAUUAAGAAUAAUUAAUGAUGAUGUAUGAUAAACAAUUACUGCAUCCUAUACCUUAUGAAUAAUGGAACCCAUAUUAUGAAAUGCACCAACCUAUCAAAAAAGAAGAAGAUUAAGAUCAAGAAAAUAGUUAAUAAAUUCAAUUACAAAUACAUAAUUAGUAAGAUUACGAGGAAUUCGUUAGACUCAAUUAUCAGAAGCAUUAGAUGAAUAUUGAUUACAUAGAAUGCCAUAAUUCUAUUGUCAAUGAAUAUUGAGAGAACUAUGAUUACCAAAAUUGUUAUCUAUAUAUAUAUUUAUUAAUUUAAUUGAUUUG